GGCGCUGCGAGGCCACUCCACGCGCUCGCCUUGAGCGCUCUCUUCCGGGGUGGUCGCUGCGGAGCGCCGGCUCCUGCGCUCUCCGGCGAGGGGGCGCGCCACGCGUGGCCGCGGAAGCGCAGAGAGAGGCAGCCGAGCAGGCUGAGCCGAUCCUUUCGCUUUCCCAGCCGAGGCAACGGUGCGUCUGCCGGGCAGGAGUUGUUCUUGCGCGCUGCUCUCCAGAGCGGCUCUGGGUUCGAGAGCUGCCGCCCAACCAGCCGGUGCCUGCUGCCGCUCGCCUCUCGCGGACUAGCCGACCGCAGCGCCUGCUGGCUCGCCGGACCCGUUUCCCUUCUGCCCUCUCGGUUUAUGGUCGGACCAUCGAGGGCCAGCCCGGGGCAGUGCCAUGGCGUUCGCCAAUUUCCGCCGCAUCCUGCGCCUCUCUGCUUUCGAGAAGCGCCGAUCCAAGGAGUAUGAGCACGUUUGCCGGGACCUGGAUCCCAACGAGGUGUGGGAGAUCGUCGGAGAGCUGGGCGACGGCGCCUUCGGCAAAGUGUACAAGGCCAAAAACAGAGAGACAGGUGCCUUAGCUGCUGCCAAAGUCAUUGAGACCAAGAGUGAAGAUGAGCUGGAGGACUACACGGUGGAGAUUGAGAUCCUGGCAACUUGUGACCACCCUUACAUUGUAAAGCUGCUAGGAGCCUUUUAUCAUGACAGCAAACUAUGGAUCAUGAUCGAGUUUUGCCCUGGUGGAGCAGUGGAUGCUACCAUGCUGGAACUGGAUCGAGGCUUGACCGAACCCCAGAUCCAAGUGAUCUGCCGCCAGAUGCUAGAAGCCCUAGACUACCUCCACAGCAAGAAGAUAAUCCAUCGGGACCUGAAGGCAGGCAACGUGCUGCUGACCCUGGAUGGAGACAUCAAGCUUGCGGAUUUUGGAGUAUCUGCCAAAAACAUGAAGACUUUGCAAAGACGGGAUUCCUUCAUUGGGACACCGUACUGGAUGGCUCCUGAAGUGGUGAUGUGCGAGACCAUGAAAGACACCCCCUACGACUACAAAGCUGACAUCUGGUCCUUGGGCAUAACUCUGAUAGAAAUGGCCCAGAUAGAGCCUCCUCAUCAUGAACUCAAUCCCAUGAGGGUCCUGCUGAAAAUAGCCAAAUCUGAUCCUCCCACUCUUAACUAUCCCUCAAAGUGGUCUCCAGAAUUUAAUGACUUCCUGAAGACUGCGCUUGAUAAGAACCCCGAGACACGUCCGACUGCGGCACAAUUGCUGGAGCAUCCUUUUGUCAGCAAGGUCACUACUAACAGAGCCCUACGUGAGCUUGUGGCUGAGGCAAAGGCUGAAGUGAUGGAGGAAAUUGAAGACAAUAGAGAGGAAGGAGAAGAGGAUGACUCACCAGAAUGUGCAUCUCCCCUUGAUGCUAAUAAGAGGGACUCUUCUGUGCCAGGCCAGCUAAGUUUGCAAAAAGAGAAGUCUCCAGAAAACGGCUUGUCACUUGUGGCCAAUGGACCCAUGUUGCCUCUACAGCAAGUCACUGAAACCAUAAAUGGGAAGGGCAGCAAGGUUUCAAAGGAAGUGGCUAGCAACGAAAAGCCAGGCAAAAACAACAGCAGUACAAACUUGUCUGGAAUUGCGGAUUACACAGAUGAAGCCAGUGCCAAAGAAAAGCCAGACACCAGCCCCCAGUUGCUGCAACUCAACAAGAACGUUGAGCCAGCCGAGAGCAGCAGUCUUGUCUACCAAAAUAAGGACACUGAACCAGUAAGCAAAGAUGAUUCCAAUGUGGGAAGCCGGCCAGAGAGCAGCCUCCUUGAGACGCCGGUUGAAGAAAAGCUCCCCAAUGGGAGUUUGAGUUCUUCCUCUCAGUUUGAGGAUGGCAGCUCCAAGCAGGACUCUGAUUCAGGUAGCACCUCUGCCUCAGAGAGCAUGGACCUCAGUAUCUCCUUGUCUACCGACCUGUCCCUGAACAGAGGCAGCGGGUCCCUCUCUCUUAAGGAUGCAAAAAUGCAGAAGAUGACACUGAAACGGACCAGGAGAUUUGUUGUGGAUGGAGUAGAAGUGAGCGUCACUACCUCAAAAAUCAUCAGUGAGGAUGAGAAGAAAGAUGAAGAGAUGAGAUUCCUCAGGCGCCAGGAGUUGCGGGAGCUGCGUCUGCUUCAGAAAGAGGAGCACCGGAACCAGACCCAGCUGACCAGCAAGCAUCACCUGCAGUUGGAGCAAAUGCUGAAGCGCUUUGAGCAGGAAAUGCAUACAAAGAAGAAAUUCUAUGACACCGAACUGGAAAAUCUGGAACGUCAGCAGAAGCAGCAAAUUGAAAAGAUGGAGCAGGAACACACGCUGCGCCGCCGUGAAGAGUCCAAGCGUAUCCGCGCUGAGCAGGAACAAGAUCUUGUUAAAUUUCAGGAGCAGCUGAAGAAAAGGAAGAAGGAGCUCAAGAGUGACAUUGAGAAGCUCCCCCGACAACAGCGCAAGGGGACCAUGAAAACAAAGAUGGAGGAGUUUGCACAGAGAAAGCAAGUCAUGGAGCAAGAGUUUGAAGCCAAACAGGCUGAGGAGCUGGAACAGGCCAUGAAGAAUAUCACCACCCAAAAUCGGAAGGAGAUCUGUGACAAGGAGAGAGAGUGCCUCAACAAAAAACAACAGCUUAUGAGAGAUCGGGAAGCUACCAUCUGGGAUCUGGAAGAGCACCACCUACAGGAGAAACACCAGCUUAUUAAGCAACAGCUGAAAGACCAGUAUUUCCUCCAGAGGCAUGAACUGCUCCGGAAACACGAGAAGGAGCGUGAGCAAAUGCAACGGUAUAACCAGCGAAUGAUGGAGCAGCUGAAAAUUCGGCAGCAGCAAGAGAAAGGCCGUCUCCCCAAAAUUCAGAGGAGCGAAGGGAAGACCCGUAUGGCCAUGUAUAAGAAGAGCCUCCAUAUCAGCUCCAGUGGAAGCGCCUCAGAACAGAGGGAGAAGAUAAAACAGUUUGCACAGCAGGAGGAAAAAAGGCAGAAAGCUGAGCGACUGCAGCAGCAGCAGAAACAUGAGAUGCAGACGAAGGAUAUGAGUGCCCAGUGUGAGAGCAACAUGAAUGAACUCCAACAGUUACAGAAUGAGAAGUGCCAUCUCUUGGUUGAACAUGAGACCCAGAAACUGAAAGCUCUGGAUGAAAACCACAAUCAGAACUUGAAGGACUGGCGGGAUAAGCUGAGGCCACGAAAAAAGGCUUUGGAAGAUGAACUGAAUCAGAAGAAGCGAGAGCAAGAAAUGUUCUUCAAACUCAGUGAUGAGACCGAUGGUCAGCCUUCAAGGUCGCCAAACAAGCCUGCCAAAUUUGUCCCAUUCAGUUCUGCAGAGGCUUCAUAACUCUUGGAUUAGUGGACAGAAAGGCAAUCCCUGCCUUUGUCCACAGAGAAGUUGGCCCAAAGGACUGUCAGGGCUCCCUUUUCUCCUGCGCCAGCUCUGAUUUCCUCUUUUGUCUGAGACAACCAAUGUGGCCUGAGGUCUGUUCCCCUAGAGAUGAGACAGCUUCCCAUUCAUGUGGCCCUGGCUGGUGCUGACCAGUUGAACUUGGAGAGUUGUGGAUGAGCUUCAGAGAGUAGAGCUAAUGGGAUUGUGUGCAGAGUUCACACUGCUUGCUGAUCCCAUUGCCCAGCCCUUGGGCAGUUUUCUCUCUUAACCAUUUGUUGAAGGGAUGAAUGUUGGUGACCUAAAAGAUUGUUGAUGGCUGUUAAGUGCUGCUGAUAAACUUGCCUGUUUCAUUUUCUAACUAGUUCUCCUGUUAGGCCCAACUCCUGUUAGGCUAUGUCUGUCAGUGGAUCUCACUUAGCCUUUUAGUCUUAAUGGUCGAACCAUUUACUGCCUUGAAGCACUGGGAGUUCAACUUCACAGCUUACAAAAGACAACAAGGAAUUGUUAGCUUUUAUUGUGGCCUCCAUCUUUGUCAGUUAAACAAAGAGCUCCUUCUCUCUCCUUCUAGGGCCUAGAAUCUAGGCCGUCCCAUUGAAACUCAUCAAUUCCUCAGCUUGUUUUGAAGUGACCCAGCACACCACCCUGCUAACGUGUGACACAAUUUCUGCCCUUUCUCAAAGUUACCACAGCCUGAAACAUACAAGUGGAGUGUUUAAAUCAAAUCAGUCGCGAGUCAAAGGCUGACCAAAAAGGCAAUGAGAAGCUUAUGAUCCAACUUAGAGCGCAAUUCAACAGUUGCGAAGGCUGCAUAUACAUGGGCAGCUGUGGAAAUUGCUGCCCAGUUUCAGGAUGUUUAACUUCGCACACCUGCCCCAAUUAAUAAGCCGUGCAGAGGCCCACACUGUUCAGAUCCUAAAAUGGUGGGUAACAUAAAGGUCUGGACUUUGCUCUUCACUUUCCCCUCCUCUUCCAUUGUGAGGCAAUGGGUUUCUUUUCCCUGUGUUCAUCAACAGGGAGUUCUGUCUCUCCUGUCUCCAUUUCUUUCCCCACCCCAGUUGGUCCAGAAGGCAAAGCUUGUGCUCAGGUUAUGGCAAGAGCUAAUGGCUGCUCUUUCCAAUAUAUUAAAUAGAAGAAAAGUGCAAAUGCCUUGUAGCAGCAAGUUUACAACUGGCCUAAGGUUAAAGGCAUCUUGUUUUGCAUCAUCUCAUGUGAGUUUCAUAGGACAUCAAUUGCUAGCUUUUAGUUUUUGUUUUUUAAGGUCUACUGUAUAAACUACUGGGUGUGCUGUGAUUUGAGAACAUGAUGUUGGCCUAAAACCAGAAUUUUGACCAGUGUUGUAUCCCUUUGCUGCUACUUUUGAGUUUGUAGCAAGCCAGAAUGAUCCAGGUAAGAGGAGCCCCAUACAGCAGAAUAGAAUGUGAUACAUUUGAAAUGCUGAAGAUAAUCAGCAUGUCAUUAUCUUUAAGUCUUCCAAAGGCUGUUUUUAAACCAAAGAUGUGUUAUUUCCCCCUCACACCUUGCCCACUCCCCAUUUCACUAUUAAAAUACAUAUUUCAGGAAAUGUCAAGGCUUUAUCAGUUUCACCAAUUUGCAUUUCCCUAGACAUUAAAUCUAUAUUGAAGUCUUGAUGCUUUGCACAGUGCAAUUCACACAAUCCUCCAUCUGGGUCAGCUGUUUGUGGUAAAUGCUUAAAUUUGGUACUUCAUUCAAACAAAGUCUUCACAGUUCAUUGGUACUUCAUUCAAACAAAGUCUUCACAGUUCAUUGUGCCGUCUCAAAGCACUUAGGUUGGCAAAAUGCUCCAGUGUUCCUUUUUGUGUAUCACUCAGGACUUUUCCAGCACUAGCUCUGUAUAGGAAAUAAUGCUUUUCUUUCCCUGUCUUCCUAUAAAGCCAUGUUGCUGUUAAUGUGAUUUCUGUUCUCAGAGUUAAUUUGAUGGAAUGGAAACAGAAGUCUAGCAAAUGUAUCGGCUGCUGCCAGGAUGCAGUUUCACUGUCUUGUUUAAGAGACUCCGGAUUCUGGAUAUUUUAGAGGCUAGAAAAUGUGCACCCAGAAACCAUGGGGUUACCGUCCUGUUCUAAAUAAUUGUGUUUUGAGAUACUGUCAGGUGAGACUGAGAGAAACUGGAACAGAGCCUGUGAAUGAAUGGGUUGUGUUCUGAAAACUCAAAGAUCCUAAUUUUCUCCAAACCCGAUAGCCAGUUUCUGCUCUAACUUUAUGUCGCAAAUUUUUGAUAGUUUGCAUUGUGCACAGGCUUGUGUGUGUUGUGGACACACCCACAUGCAGCUCAAUCACCUUAUAAGUCAGCCAGUAGUACAUCUAAUUGUCUUCAUCCUUGGCCAAGAAAUCCAACAAGAGUUUCUAAUUUUAAUACUGCUGCAAGUUUGUGUGUGCUUAUCUUUCUUUGUGUGCCAGUCUGGUCUUGACUGCUACCAAGCGCUGCUGUAAUUUUACAAAAGUGCAAUAUUUACCUCGUGCAGUGUUGCAAGGAUGUCCUGCUCCUUUUGUGGCAAGAAAGUGUCACUUUUCUUUAUUUUUCUCUUUCCCUAACCCAAACAAAACCAACUUUUUCUUUCUCUUCCUUGGCAUAAAUCUACAAUAUUUUUUACAUGGGGGGACCUGAUUCUUCUACCUAAAAGGGUUUUCUUUUUGGGGGAAACCACUAUGAUGUAAAUAAUCUAAUAAAAACAUUACCACGGUGAGCGCCUCCAUUUGCGUCCUGAACACCUUGUUGUACUUGUUGCCUGUGGGUUUUGGUCAGCAGUGCUGACUUGUAUUUGUACAUAAAUUUGGCUUGAGCGUAAUGGAAUUUGAUUCCUGCUUACCGAGAUUCAAAUCACCCCACAAUCAACAGCUUUCGGGCUCGGAACCAAACAAACUUUUCUUAAAAUAUAUAUUAUCUCAUUUUGAGAAUGUGUGCAUUGAAAUGUGUUGGUAAUAAAGCUAUUAAUUCUCAAAGCUA